AUAUAGCUCAGUGGCUGACCUGCUUUGCAGACUUGCAGUUUGCACGCUAACUAAACAAUAUGGCGGACGUUUAUGUGCCAAGAUUCAGCAAAGAUUGUUCUCAUUGCGGUUAUUUACUGAAAUUCAGUUAUAACUUCUGUCCACAAUGCGGGGAAGAGAAAGAAGCAAACGAAGAACGAGACUAUGAUGAAAGAGCGGUCAUUACGGCAUAUUUCACGAAAGGUCACGAAUAUUCACGGAUAGUGGAGAUGUUAGAAAAGGAGCACAAUGUGACGAUGUCUAUUCGAACUCUAAAAAACCGCCUGAAUGAAUACGGUCUAAAAAGACGUAAUACAGUUUAUGACGAACAACUUGUAAGGCAACGCAUAGAAGAGGAACUGAAUGGUCCUGGGUGUAUGGGAGGCUACCGCUCUGUAUGGCACACACUCAAGUUGCAGGGCUUGCAAGUUCCAAGAGAUGUAGUUGAACAACUUGUGAGGGAACUUGAUCCUGACGGUUGUUCUGAGCGAAAAGCAAAGCGUUUGAAAAGGAGACGUUUUAGAUCACCUGGGCCUAACUAUAGCUGGCAUGCCGAUGGCUAUGACAAAUUAAAGCCAUACGGUUUCCCCAUUCAUGGGGCUAUUGAUGGAUGGAGCAGGAAGAUUUUGUGGCUGAAGUUAUGCAGAUCAAAUAAUUUUCCAGAAAUUCCAGCCUCAUUUUUUCUGGAAUGUGUAGCUGAGCAAAUGGGUUGCCCCGAAAAAAUGAGAACGGACAAUGGUACUGAAAAUGGGAUCAUUGCAGUAAUGCAAUGCCUGUUCAGAGAUGACGUCAAUGCUCACUCCUAUGGGAAAUCUACAGCCAAUCAACGAAUUGAAGGCUGGUGGUCUUAUUUGCGUAGGAAUCGCUCCACAUGGUGGAUCAACUUAUUCAAGGAUCUUGUCGAGACAGGGGAAUUUUCACCUGGGAAUGAAGUGCACAUGGAAUGUUUGUGGUUCUGCUUCUCAGGCUUAAUACAGCAAGACCUGGACGUUGUGAGGGAGCACUGGAACACACAUACAAUCCGGGCUUCUUCGUAUGACACAAUUUCUGGCAAACCUAAUGAACUCUAUGUCCUUCCGGAGUCAAGGGGUGGAGAAGAUAGACUCCAUCUUGUUUCAGCAGAAGAAAUUGAAUUUGUUGCAGAAAAUUUGUUGCAAUUUGAAGAGAUCCCAAAUGACUAUGAAGAGUACUUUGAAUACAUACUAACAAACUCAAACAUAGAAAGAGGUCAUGACUGGUUAAGUGCCCUCAAUAUGUAUAGGGAACUCUUAAAUAUAUUUAAUGACAACAAUUAAAAAACAGCAUACCAUAGAUUUAAGUACAUAAUACCAUUUUACAGUACGUAAUACCAAGAUUACAGUAGGUAAUGUAAAGAAAU